AUGCUCUCGAUUGUGCAGCACGAUAUAUAUUUUGCUUCCAACAAGGGGAAAAUUAUGCGACGACGGACGGCAGUUCCAGUGUAUGAGUUCGUACCACAGAUUGUAGAUUUGCACGCCGAGGACGAUUCGGACCAUGAAAACCAAGCAAGAAAUCCUUUUUCAACCGUGGAACCUAAUCUAGAAUCCGGAAUGUCAGUCAGAUGUUCUCCUUACGAUGAACACCAAGCUGUGUGUGCGAAGACGAAAAGAACAUAUGAGAGUCGCGUCAAUGUUCUAAGCCAUCAAGUUUCGGACUUAAAGAAGCACUGCAAGGGUCUCGAAAGCGUUAUCAAGCGACAGGAACAUGUGAUUGAUAAGCAGAAGACAACUUCUGAUCUCGCACUCGAUGCACUGAAUCGAACGUUCAAUUCCGACCAAGUAGAUAUGUUGCUGUAUAUGAAAAUGCAUCCGAAGCAGUGGAGUGACAAAACAAUUACAGAGAGCCUGAAGACCAAAUUUGUUUGUGGCACGAGAGGAUACGAGCAUCAGCGGAAUAAAUAUCCGAUUCCUUCAGAACGAACUCUCCAGCGAAGGAUGGAGGACUUGGACUUCAGUACUGGAAUACUAGAUGAUGUUCUAGAGCUUUUGCAGCUUAAACUGAAUACAAUGAACUCUGACGAUCUUGACUGUGGGCUAGUAUUUGAUGAAAUGUCCAUCGAAGAAGCAAAGAGCUUUUGUAUUGCGGACAGCAUGUUCUAUGGCGAUGUUACUAUUCCAGGUCAGAACGGAAUCGCUAGCAAUGGUCUCGUUUUCAUGUUGGUAGGGAUCAGAAGCAGAUGGAAGCAAACUGUCGGCUAUCAUUUUACGGGUAAUAGUAUUCCGGAACAUGAGCUGAAGGGAAUAGCAUUCGAAAUUAUCUGUAAAGUAGAAUCAUUCGGCUGUAGAGUUCACUUUCUAACUUCGGAUUGUGGUCCGAAUAAUAAAAAAUUGUGGAAUAGCUUAAAUCUCAAGUUCCAUAAGAAUGAUGUUAUGGAAAGUGAUGCCAUCGAGCAUCCAAUGGAUCCGCUGAGGAAAUUGGAAGUUAUGCCGGACGUCGUCCAUGUUUUCAAGUCAGCAGUACAAGGAUGGCUGAAGAACGAAGUGUUGUGGCUUCCACUUGAUAUCGUUGAAUCGAACGGAUUCUGUACAAACCAGAUCAACAUCCAGCAUCUGACGGACCUGGUUUAUUAUGGACAUCAGAAUGCACUCAAAGUUGCACAUAACCUGAAGCUAGCAGACGUUGAAUUUAAAAAAGAAAAAGAGCAACUUUGA